AGGUACCUGUUUUAAACUUUGAAGAAGAUGAGAUAAAUGUAUGGCGGAAAAUGAGUGGGAAACAUCCAAAUGUCCUGGAUCUUUAUGGAGCUAUCAAGCGCAAACAACGAGUCUUGAUCUUUAUGGAAUAUAUGGAUGGUAAAUAUACCUUACUUUCAUUUGUAGUGGUUGGUCAGUCUGUCAGUCUUAAUGCUAUCAUUCAAUAAGUUGGGGUGAAAUAUUGCACCCUCACCUUGAGUUAUAUUGCACUUUAUAAUAUAGCAUUUGUAAAUUCUGAACGCUGAUUGGCUAAGAGCCGUGUUGAUAUAACUCAAUGUCAACACGGGAAAUUUUCCGCCGCUUGUAAACACAGAAAUUUUUCUUACCCUUCAGGCUUUUGACAUUGCUAUAUUAUAAAAAAAAUAUAAAACAUUUUUUCCGUAUUGAUAUAUAGUUAUAUCAACACUCGUGGAAGUUGGGAAAACUCAAAAUUGUAUGAAAACACUCCGCCCUUCGGGCAUCGUGUUUCCAUACAAUUUCUCGUUUUCCCAAUAACACUCGUGUUGAUAUAACUGUAUAUCAACACGGAAAAUGUUUUAUAUUUGUUAAAUAUAGGUGGUUCAGUAGCAGAUUAUCUGGCAGAAAAUGGUGCACUGAAUGAAACCAUGGCUUUACGAAUUCUUCAGCAAGUUUUGUCAGGCCUGAAGUUUAUGCACAGACUUCACAUCAUACAUGGAGACAUCAAAGGUAGAAUGAAGAUUUUCAACAAAACUAAUAAACUAAACUAACUUGGAUAGCGAUUAGCUCGAUCAGUUCUAAACUGUUCAUUCUAGAGGUCCAGUAAGGAUCAUCUCUUAUUGAUCCAUUGUUACUACAGGAGGAAACCUAAACUAAACUAACUGUAUUUAUACUGGAUAGCUCUAUCAGUUCUAAACUGUUCUUCCUAGAGGUCCAGUAAGGAUCAUCUAGCUCUUAUUAAUCCAUGCAGUGUUACUACAGGAGGAAACUGGAGUACCUCAAGAUCAAACCUGUCUGGUAGAUCGAGUUGACUAAACUGACAUUAAGCACUUUUUUGCACUUAUUUUCUAGCUGCAAAUAUUCUGAUGGAUUGCAUGUGUCUGAAUAUCAAACUCGCAGAUUUUGGAUCCUGUGUAGACUUACGUUCUAUGGAGAACAGUGGCCGCCCUUUGCGACUAGCUGGUACUCUUGCUUUUAUGGCACCUGAGGUAGGAAAGUCAAUUUAAGCUUGAACAUACAUUAUAUGCAUGCUGAGAAACAAUUACAGUAUAUAAGUUGUCGUGGUUUGUGUCUGAACUACCUGAAAAAGAUAUCUCAAACGUGGUGGUCCAUGCAGUGUAGGUAAUAUUCUACAAUAAUUUAGCUGUCGUGGUUUGUGUCGGAACUACCUGAUCUACAUGUUUUCACUAGUUUUGUGUCUCAACUAUCAGGUUUGUCGUUCUGAGGCUCCUUCUCCUAGCUCGGAUAUUUGGAGCGCCAUGUGUCUACUUAUUCAAAUGUUGAGUGCCAAAGCACCAUGGGAAGAGUAUCGUCAUCAAGGAGAUGGAUUACUGUUUGUUGUAAGUAGAUUAGAAUAACGUCAUAUAAUAUUACGUCAUACAAUAACGUCAUCUUACAGUUUAAUUUUUGGCAACCAGCUCUUGUGGUGUCAUGGUCACCACGCUUGCCGAGUUCAAUCCUUGGUCGGACCUCUACUCAAGGUCUUACAGUAAUUGAGGAGAAAGAGCUACUAGCUACCUUUACAUUGACAUCUUCAGUAAAUGGUUAGACUUUCACGUCUUCUCUGAUAAAGACAUUAAAUCGUAGGUACCCCGAUCCCUUGGGCAAUAAGUCAAUAACUUAUUGGAAAUGAAACCAAUGAGUGAGAAACUCAAUAAAUCUUUGAAACGCAUUUAUAUGUGUGAAUUUUCAUGUUAGAUUGGUUCAGCCAAGCGCCCCCCGACGUUGCCUCAGUGCAGUGAACGUGUACAAGAGCUCUUUGCUCAAGGUUUAAAUGUAAUUGCUUCUUUGAGACCAACGGCUGCUGAAUUACUUGGACAUCUCGUGUUUAAUUUCGGUAAGUUACUUUUUAUUCUUGCUGAAUUGCUCUCUAUAAGUUCUAGAAAUUCUUCUUCCUAGAGAUCCAGUUAAGACUAUUCGGCGUUAGUGCUCCGUUUCGACUACAGCAAAUAUCCAAAACUACACUUGUCUAAGUUUAUUUAUACUGGAUAGCUCUAUCAGUUCUAAAGUGUUCUCCCUAGAGGUCCAGUAAGGAUCAUCUCUUUUUGAUCCAGUGUUAUUGCAGGAGGAAACCUAAACUAAACUAACUUUUUUUAUACUGGAUAGUUCUAUCAGUUCUAAACUGUUCUCCCUAGAGGUCCAGUAAGGAUCAUCUCUUAUUGAUCCAGUGUUAUUGCAGGAGGAAACCAAAGCAUCCACAGUUAAACUGGCAGCACUCUUCUCACAUGUGACCGCUGAGGUGAAAUUAUAAUCAGACAACUGGAUAUUGUAGAAGUGGAAUCUCAGUCACAGAGCUUGUAGGCACAUACACUAACCAACACCACUAUUAUAAUCUUUCUCUUUUAGUUGACCAGGAUGUAGCAGAUGGCAGAAAUGUUCAAGAUGAAGAUGACAUGGACAGCCUGAGUGAUGACUCCACUGAAUAUUAUAGCUCGCAUUCAGGAGGACUAGGUAUUGUUCUUUGUUAGUGGUGGUGAUGAUUGUGGUAACAGUGGUAUUGAGGUUAUUGACUUGUUAGUGAUGAUGGUGAGUGGUGGUGAUGGUGGGUGGUGGUGUGAUAGUGAUGUCUGUGUCGGUGGUGAUGGUGGCCUUGACAGUGAUGAUUGUGGUAAUGGUGGAUUGGUGGUAUUGAUGUUUUUGACAAUGUUAGUGAUGAUGGUGGGUGGUGGUGACCGUGGUAGUUGUCGUUUGUGUCGCUGUAGUUGUUGUUGGUGUGGUGGUACUGUAAAAGUCGUAUUCUGUGGUAGAUUCUCGCUAGCCUGAGAGCGGCAAAAAUACAAAUUUCCACGUUGUUAAAUUAAAAAUUUAACCUUCCUCUGUACGUCUAAUAGUUUGUUUUUUUUGUAACUGCUAACGAAAGUGGGACUAUACAGUAUAUAUUAAGUAUAUUCUAUUUGUUUUGUUAUUUCAGAUACAAGUGGAGAAUACUUCAGCUCACAAGAUGUUGAGGAAAUGUUACCGACAGGGUCUGAUCAUGUUUCCUCGAAGAAAGGUAAUGAUUGCCUCUUUGGUAUCCAUUUGGGUAGCAGUUGGUGGUCAGCUUCAGAAAUGUUGAUACUUAUAGGAACAAGAAAAUUAAACUACUUCUCUCAAUUUAUUUUAUCUGUAUCCAAUAGUCCAGGCCCGUAACUAAGAUUUUAGAUUUACCGAGUCGAGUCGUCGGGGCAUGUUUGAUUUUCUAAUGCUUAGAAACGCUAUUUCCUGCAUUCUGGGAGCAAUUUCAAUAAAAAAUCAGUAGUGAUAAACCGUGACACAAUGACUAUAAUUUCAUAGUGUGUCUCACAAUUGUACUACGAGUAUCCAAUAAUAAGAAUUCAAGUACUCUUGGUCCAACAUGAUCAGGUGCAUAGUAAAAAACGUCUUUGUGGUAAUAUUUGCGACGCUAAUUCUUACUUCUACCCUUCAUCAGAAAUUGAAUAAAUUUCAUUCAGGAUCUGUUUUCUCUAAACUUGAAGUCUUCCUGUUUUGAAUUUUUUCGCAAAACAUUUUACCAAGUCAAUUGACUCGGUUGACGCUUAGCUAGUUGCGGGCAGAAAUACAAUAUACUUAUUUAUUUAUUUAUUUAUUUAUUUAUUUAGCUUUGCCAACUAGGGCAGGGUCACCACAACAGCAUAUGCCAAUUACUGUGGGCCCUUAUUUACCUAACCCACCCUGUCAACUUUCCCUGUGGGAGGAAACCGGAGUACCCGGGGAGAACCCACGGCUUUCGGCAGAGCGUUGACUUUUACUCUUUUCACAUGGGGACUGGGUUCGAGUCGCACUGAGAAGGUACUUGGUGAGACUCGAACCUGCAGCCUCAGAGGUGAAAGGCAAGUGCGCUAACCACUUGGCCACCGAAGCCCCCAUAUACUACACAUAUAAUGAAAAUAAUUACUUACUUUUCAUCCUAUUACAGUAUAACGUUGGUUCACCAUCUGCUGCACGAUAGUGAUUAACGAAACACGUGACGAAACCCGCCUACACAACUCGUGUAAAGAUACUAAUUUUGUUCUUUUAUUCUUGACAGUAAAACCUUCAAACGUCAGAAGAACGAAAGCAAAACACGUGGACAGCCAAGGAGGAGAUCUUAGAAUAACCAAUGCUCAUGUCACAAUCCCUACGCAAGCAUUACGCGACGAUACGAAAAUCUCCAUAAAAAGUAUCGACCCAACUCAGCUAUACCAGAAAAUAAUAGACAACGAUAUUCAAGAUAAAGUAACAAUUCUUGGAGACGUCUACAAACUUCGGCCUUCUGGGUUGACAUUCCAAGAAAAUGUCGUCGUCAAGGUUACCCUACCCGAAGCCUUGCACCAAAGCGAAGAUAUAACGGUACUUCAUGGCACUUUUGACAAGGAAACAAACAAAUAUAUCUGGGAAAACAUUGAGAAAACAUUAUUGCCAUUUCAUAAUUCUACUACAGUCACGGUGAAUAUCAAUCAUUUCUCGGCACUCGCGUUCGUUAAGAGUCUCCCGAGUCUCCCUUCCUUCGCCUACGAGUAUGUCACAACAUAUUUGAACUUGCAAGCAGCGUUUUUUCGACUUAUUGUGUUUGUUCGUCGAGACGAGAGCGAACAGAAACGGUUACGAAUUCGUAUCGUUAUGGUUCGUGAUUCGUUUUACCGAAACUCAUGCGAGAAGUUCUUUGAGGACAAUUGCAUCUGUCAUAAAUUAAAGGAAGAAGGCUUUUGCGAAAUGUACGGCAGUAGGAGAGAGUAUAUCAGCCCACAAGAGAACAUAGAACUUUCAAUCGAAGGGCUAAUGGGUGAUCGUGUUUGUCCGCCAAAGCCGUGUACUGUAGAGAAUGUUUUUGGUGGUGAGGACGUCGCGAGCUGGGAACUGGACGCUAGUUGCGAAAACGAUAAACCAGUGAGUGGAACUGUUGUGAUGAAAAGAACUGCUGGUCAAAAGUACCAUUUUCAGUUUUGGCAACACGGUAGGAAAAUUGAAUAUUAAUUUUACACUGUUCUCUCCAGAGCACCCUUUCUUAAACUGUUUAUCCACUAACAACUGUUGCGGUUGCUUAUUAAGUUAGCCCAUUAUGGUCAUUUAAGCAACAGGUGGCUUCAAAAACGUUUGCAUAAUAAGUCAAAUCUUUAUAUAAAAAUCUUUAUAUAAAAAUCUUUAUAUAAAAAUCUUUAUAUAAAAAUCUUUAUAUAGUUUGCAUAACAAUGGUCUUUUGUUAAAGUGUUCUUUAGCUGGUAUAAAGACGUAUGCACGUGACUAAUUUCUUACUCAAGAUUGGAUAAUUGCUUCAUGAAUUAUUAAUGAGUUUUUGAAAGAGUGUAAAAUGCUUAUAGACACAAAUAAAUGUUGUUGUAAUUGUGUAUUCUAGAACCAACAAGGUACGUUCAAGAUGUCCUCGAACUGACCAGUCUCAGGUACACCAACAUGUUACCACUAGCCAGCGCUCUGGGGCUAAAUCAGGGGGAGGUGAAUGAUUUUGUGGAAAGGACGGAGGGAGAUGAAGAGGAACAACUGAAGAAGAUUACAGAAAUUUGGAUUGGAAAAGCUGAAAAUAAUGAACUUCCUCAACUUGGCGAGUUUGUUGCUUCGGUACAACGUCAAGGUAGACUUGUUUAUACAGUCAAACCCCUUGUAAGCGGGAGUGGGUGGUUCAUAGUUAGUAACUAACAUUUGACACAUAAAGGAUGACUGUUGCUGGAUCUCUAGAGAGAAUAGUUUAGAACUGAUAGAGCUACCCAGUAUAAAUGAAGUAAGUUUAGUUUAGGUUUCCUCCUGUAGUAACAUUGGAUCAAUAAGAGAUGAUCCUUAGUGGACCUUUAGUAAGAACAGUUUAGAACUGAUAGAGCUAUCCAGUAUAAAUAAAGUUAGUUUAGUUUAGGUUUCCUCCUGUAGUAACACUGGAACAAUAUGAGAUGACCCUUACUGGACAACUAGGAAGGACAGUUUAAAACUGAAAGGGGUAUCCAGUAUAAAUAAAGUUAGUUUAGUUUAGGUUUCUUCUUGUAGUAACAUUCGAUCAAUAAGAGAUGAUCCUUGCUGGACCUCUAGGAAGAACAGUUUAGAACUGAUAGAGCUAUCCAGUAUAAAUAAAGUUAGUUUAGUUUGGGUUUCUUCUUGUAGUAACAUUGGAUCAAUAAAAAAUGUCCAUUAACUAAUAAUCUCUCUUUUCGUUUAGCUUUCCUAGUCUCAGACCGAGGCAAAUCUCAUCUUGGCCAUCUCUCAGAAUUUCGUCAAAAAUGGAGUCAUCACAUAAAUAACAGCGAAACUCCUCCUUUGGGAGAAGACUUGCACCUUAAAACGAUGGCCAAAAAUGGUGAAAGCCUUUGUCAGUCUGUCUUCAGUGACUGUUUGCUUCAAACAGACCAUUCCGAAGGUACCGUUCGCUUUGUUUCAGGUCGCGAUAAUUUGGAAAUGGAUCCCGUGGUGAUGAAGAAGGUUUCGGAAAUUCUAGCACAGUAUUAUCCCCAGCACGUGGUGGAAAAACUGAACGCGUUGGUGGAGGCGUUCGAAAGUUAUGAUCAUGAUAAAUGCAAUGGUUCGCUGUGUAAGCGUUUUUGUCAACAACUGUUUGAUUGGAUUCCUUGGUUAAUUCAAGUUGUGAAGGAUUGUUUUCAAGUCCACCCUGUCAUUGAACCCACGGGUAUAUUAUUUUAAUUUUUUAUGAUAAGUAGACACAGUGACUUGUCAGCCCGAUUUACAAUAUGUACAGUAUUUAUCCAGUAUUCAGUAAAUAAAGUUAGUUUAGCUUAGGUUUCCUCCUGUAGUAACACUGGAUCAAUAAGAGAUGAUCCUUACUGGACCUCUAGGGAGAAUAAUUUAGAACUGAUAGAGUUAUCCAGUAUAAAUAAAGUUAGUUUAGUUUAGGUUUCCUCCUGUAGUAACACUGGAUCAAUAAGAGAUGAUCCUUACUGGACCUCUAGGGAGAAUAAUUUAGAACUGAUAGAGCUAUCCAGUAUAAAUAAAGUUAGUUUAGUUUAGGUUUCCUGUAUAGUAAAACUGGAUGAAUAAGAGAUGAUCCUUACUGGACCUCUAGGGAGAACAGUUUAGAACUGAUAGAGCUAUCCGGUAUAAAUAAAGUUAGUUUAGUUUAGGUUUCCUCUAUAGUAAAACUGGAUGAAUAAGAGAUGAUCCUUACUGGACCUCUAGGAAGAAUAGUUUAGAACUGAUAGAGCUAUCCGGUAUAAAUAAAGUUAGUUUAGUUAAGGUUUCCUGCUGUAGUAACACUGGAUCAACAAGAGAUGAUCCUUACUGGACCUCUAGGGAGAACAGUUUAGAACUGCUAGAGCUUUCCAGUAUGAAGUUUGUUUAGCUAGGAUUGCUCCUGAACCCCUGUGGAUACUGUUUCAGAUAAAGUUAUAAUGUUAUAUAUAGAUCUGGUAUGGAAAAUUUAGUUUAACAUCAUCUUUAUAGGUUUAUGGGGCUUGCAAUGUGAAAUUGGCACUUACGAGGCAAUCCAGGAGAUGAAAUGCACCGCUGUUUUGCGUGAAAUCGCAAAACUUUUGAAAAAUCUUUGUGAGAAGAAUUCAAUCAACAGCGAUGACUUUGACCACUGGUGCAGAACUUUAAGUUUUGAACGCUUUCUUGAAAAGCUUCCUAUAACGCACAAAGAGUGGAUAUGCCUUGCAACUAGGAUACGGUAUUACUACCGUUUUAUGGCGAGUGAUGAACUUUCCCAGGAUCGCGUUCACCAACAAGAUUUAGGAAAUCUUCUUCAUUGCUUGCGAAAAUAUGUUUCCUUUUGCCCUACUCGGUUGGUGCAGUUUAGUUUCUCGACAGAGAAUGUUCUUAAGGAAUCCCUAUGCUUCGAAGAGUCGGAUAAUAUCUUCACUCAGAAAUGUGUUGUUUCCAUGGAGGAUAACGCGUUGGAUCUCAAAAUUAAGGUCGAGGUUUGCAUUCGAGGUGCUACGUUGUCUGCUGAAGUGGACAUUACAUUGCAACAAUGCGAGCAACAAGAUGACUCUCACGGGGAGUGUAGCACACUGACGGUGCAAUACCAUCAUCAGGAAACCCACAAAGGAUUGCUCAGCAUUUCUAACGAAUGUGAAUCUUUAUCCCAACAGCACCCUGUGGAUGUUAGAGGUGGGUAGGAAUUAAGAUUUCAAAGACUAGGGGGUCAUUUUAUUUCUAGUAAUCUGCAAUAAGCUGCAAUGGUUGGGAAAAGUUUGAACACACUUCGACAUUUCGAAGAAGUUUUAAGCCAAUAUUGAAAACUUGUGAAGAACUUUCGCUCGAAAGGCUGUUUUAAAUCCUCUUCAGGUAGUUCAGACACAAAGCACGCCAGUUUAUUGAAGAAUACUACCUACAUUGGACCACCAUGUCUGAAAUAUCUUUUUCAGAUAGUUCAGACACAAACGGCGACUUUUAUAAUUUAAAGAUUUCAGUAUAUUUUUAUUUUUUAUUUUUCUAGUGGAGCUGGAAGAAACAGAUGGCAAUUCGAAUGUACUCAUCAAAGACGGUAAUUUAUUGUGAGAGAAAUGCUUCCAGUUUCACUCUGCUAAACACUUCGUGUGUUUAGAACUGAUUGAGCUAUCCAGUAUAAAUAAACUUAGAUUUGUUUAGGUUCCUCCUGUAGUAGGACCUCUAGGGAGAACAGUUCAGAACUGCACGAUAGAGCUAUCCAGUAUAAAUAAAGUUAGUUUAGUUUAGGUUUCCUUCUGUAGUAACACUGGAGCAAUAAGAGAUGGCCCUUACUGGACCUCUAGGUAGAACAGUUUAGAACUGAUAGAGCUAUCCAGUAUAAAUACAGUUAGUUUAAUUUAGGUUUCCUUCUGUAGUAACACUGGAGCAAUAAGAGAUGGCCCUUACUGGACCUCUAGGAAGAACAGUUUAGAACUGAUGGAGAAAUCCAGUAUGAAUACAGUUAGUUUAGUUUCUUCUUGUAUUUAAGGGUACUUCUCUUACUCGACUCCAAUAUGGGGAAGUAUAAAUAUAGUUUAUUUCUUAGGUUGCCCUGAUCAAAACGUUCUCGAUGAAAUGGCUCGUGAGGUUACAGAUGAAUGGAAACCUCUGGGACGCUUGCUACUAUCGCAUGAUAAUGAUGUAAAUAUUAUUGACGAAGAUGAAGGCCGAGUCGUACCAAAAACGACCGUUAUGUUUGAGCGAUGGAAGCAACAGAAAGGCAGUGAUGCGACAUACAGGCGAUUGCAUGCAGCUUUAGUUGAUGUCAGGGUCGGUAGAAAGGAUAUUGCAGACCGUUUUUGUUUGGUCAGAUCUCCAGCAAGAAGUACGGAGUUGUGAAACAACACGUGUUGUUUUAAUGGUACGUCAUCAUCACCAUCAUCACCAUCAUCAUCAUUAUCACAGAGUAGAGACAUACAGAGACGUAGCUAGUGUACCCACUUUUUUGUGCGCAUGUUCGGCAAGUUACUAGAUGCAUGCAUCUGAUUGGAUGACGACCUGAUGACGACUCACUUUAAACUUGCUGAGCACGGGCAGUCAUUUUUCAUUUUUCGCCCGGUCGCCUGAAAAAAAGUGGGUACAUGAUAACGUAAUCAAAGACGUAAUCUUCCGCAGUGUUUACAACGGUCAGUUACGUCUCUGUAUGUCUUAUCUACUCUGUGUCAUUAUCGUCCGUUAGCAACUUGCGAAGUUGGUUUUGAAAUUUCAUUGCUUUUGAAAAUUUAGAAACGUGAUUGGGAAUAUUCACAACAAACUUGGCUUUGCAAAGUGACGUGAGAAUCGACAAGGUUACUUGCUGAAUUGGUGAAGCGUCAGCGUGGUUUGUCGAAUAUGACGUUCACAUGUACAUUUUAGUUUUACAUACAUUUUAGUUCAAAAUUUGUACGUAAAUUUUGUUAUUUAUAAGCUUCAUUAGUUUAUAUGUUUAUACGGUAUGAUUAAAACGGCGAGGGGUGUAUAGAUAGUUAUUUUGUUUUGAUUUUCCUGCAGAAUAC